AACACCAUUCAAUAUAGUUGAACCAUUUUAUUACGUUGAUUAUAUGUAUUAUAAUUCUUUGUCUUUGAAAUAUCUAUUAUCUCUUCUGACGAAGCUUCAUUGUUAGCUUUUGUGAUGGCAGCAAAUGAAUUAAAUCCUUCUGAUAAUACCCAAAGGAAUGAUAAAGAGCAUGUUUCCCCAUCUGAGCAAGUUCUUUCAGCUAAAGUUACUCCUGUUGUUGCAAAAAGAUGUGAAUCUAAAAAAGAGAAUAUUUCUAUUAAUUCAAAUGUUGUUAAAUUCAAAAUACAAUGCAGUUCAUCUAGUUCUGUUCCAUCUACAUCCUCAGUUACCCUUAUUUCUAGAACUACAUGUCAGUCUAAUAUAAGAACUUCUGAUUUGGCUACUAGUGUUGCAAAUAAUGCUAGUGAACCUAUUACAACAUGGAAAUCUCCACAUCUAAGUAUAAAACAGAAUGAUGUGUCAGAUAUGUCUUUUAAAGGAGACAAUUUACAGCAAUUGAGCACUAAUGCUCUGCCACCGUAUCGUCCCGGAUCUCCUCCGGGUUUUUUAAAAUCUGACUCAAGGGUAGAGUUUCAUUAUUGCACAGAUUGUGGCGACGCAUUUGCUGUGAAAGAUAGUUUAAAAUUUCACCUUGAGCGCCGCUCUGUUCUCAUUAAGUUUCCAUGCGAUACAUGUAAAACUCAACAGGUAUUUUAUAAUCGUUGUAAUUUAUUGUCACAUAUAAGGUCCCAUUCAGAUAAAGGUGAAGCUGCAGAUAUCAGUAAAGCAACUGUUAGUCCACUGCCUCGAGUGUGUAUGGAUGGAAUAAAUUUUGAAUUUGUAAACAAUCUUGAUGAUGAACUGAAUGCUAUAGAUGAUACUGAUCUGACACCUCCAGCUGACCUCUUAGAAUUUUCAAUUAAGGAAAUUGAUGAUGAUAAUAACAUGGAGAAAAAAAUUCCUGAGAAGGAAAAUGAUGUCAGUGUUAUAAAGGUGAAAUGUUUAGACUGUAAUGAAGAAUUUGAAAGUGCCAAAGAUAGAAUAGAGCAUCUUACUAAUGGUGACAAAAUACCAGCCAUUAUUUCUCAGUGUAGUAAAUGUGGUAUGGUAUGUCCUUCGAAAUGUAGUUUAAAAGCCCAUCAAAGAAUCCAUCUCCAGAUCAGUCCGUAUGUUUGUCCUGAAUGUGGAGACAGUCCAGAUCCUCACUGGACAAAUUUUACGCACCAUGUUAAUUUUAAAUGUUUUCACAAUGCCCGUAGUAUAGGUUAUAAAUGUCCUGUUUGUAAAAGGGUCUCACCCAGUAACGAAGCUCUGCUGAAACAUAUGGAAUUGCAUACAGAAAGAUAUGCUAAAUGUGAGUCUUGUCCUCGUGCUUAUAUGACUACUAGUGCUUUUGAGGCACAUAAUACUAUGUACCAUGGUGGAAAGGAUGUGUGUUUUAAUCUGAUUUAUAAGUGUUCUUUAUGUGACAUCGUGUUUUUAAGGAGUGAUCAAAUGCUGACCCAUAGAUCAGCUCAUCUUAAAGAGCAAAUAUGUGAGUAUGUUUUCAAUUGCAUGCAGUGUGGCAAGACUUUAGGAAGCAAAACUGAGUUAUAUGACCAUAUAAGAACCACUCAUCCAAAAAUUUAUAAAGUUGUUUUGCAGAAUGAAACAACAGCUGCUAAGUCAGUUGCUCCCACACCUGUCUCAUAUAGAGGAAAAGUCGAAUGCAUGUACUGUCAUUGUGUUUUUCAUAGUCACCAAGGUUACAGUGUUCAUAUUCAAAGAGUCCAUAUAAAUAUCAAUCAACCUUGUACUUAUUGUUAUACAAUAAUACGAAACAGGAAAGGCAUGAUAAUCCACGGAAAAAAACAUUUAGAAAGUGGUAAGGUAGUGUGUCUGUUGUGCAAUAAUGCAAAAUAUAAUGAUAAAAAUACUUUAGAUGCACACUUAGUUGAGCAUAUAGAAAAUUUAGAAUUUUGUACUUUUUGCCCAAUAUGUGAUAGUAUAUUGCCCUCAGUUGAUGCUGCUAAGAAACACCUACGCGAGGAACAUCGUCUUAUUGAAAAAAAUGCAUCGAGUAGUGAAUGCAAGGAAAAUGAAGCUGCCGUCAUGAGGCAAAUAACCUGCCAUUUUUGCAGAAUAGCAUUUGUUAAUGAAGAAUCACUUCAGGACCAUUUAAAGCUACAGCAUAACAUUGGCAGUGCAAAUCAGCAAAAUAACCAGUCAAGUAAUAAUGUAGUCCAUGAAACAGUAGCAAAGAAACGACAAUCCACUGAAGGAAAUACAUGUAGUAAAUGUAAUUAUCAUUCCACAGAUCGUGAAGAUUUCAAAAAACAUAUACUUUCUCACAAAACUGUGAGAAGUUCAUAUCAAUGUCAAGAAUGUGCUGCCUGUUACAUAGUAGAACCCACACUACUCAAGCAUCUGCUUGUGGUUCAUAAAAUUGAUGAUCCUAAAAAGUAUGUUGCAGAAGAGGGAACAAAUUACCUGCCUGAGGUUGAGAAUCCUACAGAAAUUUCUACACGUAAUGCUUUAGAAUGUUCUGUAUGCUUCACAACUUUUCCUAAUGAGAUAGCAUUAAAAACACACCUAAGAAGCCAUGGUAUGGCAUUCAUACAAGCAACAAAAACAGUUUCUGGUCCUUAAUUGCAUUUUAUUUUUCUGUGAUUAAUGUGAUUUUGUUUUGCAGUCCUUAAUAUUAGCGUAACCAUCGUAGUAGAAAAUGCCAAAUACAGUCAAAAGUCUUUAAUCCGGACUCGUCGGGACUUCGGCGAUUCCGGAUUAUCGAUUUUUCCGGAUUAUAGAUAAUCAGUUUAAAUCUGGUAAGAUGGCAUGCAGAAAUUAUAAA